GCUGUGGGGAAGCCGAACCCCGCCAAGCUGGCCAACUUCCUGGAGGUGGACAUCUUCGUCCUGGUGGCCUGCGCUCAGAACUCCCUGCUGGACUCCAGUGACUUCUACCGGCCUGUUGUGACCCCCUAUGAGCUGGAGCUGGCCUGUAACCCAGCCCGCGAAUGGACAGGGAACUACCUCACUGACUUCCGAGACCUGCUGCCAGGUGCUUGGGCGCAGGUUGAGCGCCCACCGGCUGUCCCUGCAGCGGAGGCCAUUCCUGACAUCUCGCUGAUCACAGGGGAAAUGCGUGCCACCCACCUCUGUGACCCCCCGGCCCCUCAGCUGCCCCCCAGCACCACCCUGGCCUGCAGGGACCAGUCGCGGGCCCUCGCGGAGAUCAGCCCUGCUGCCUCCUUCCUGGAGUCCCGCAGCUGGCGGGGCCUGGAGCAGCAGCUGGGGCAGACGCCCGUCUCCAAGGCUGUGCAGGGCCGACGAGGGAUUGCCAUUGCCUAUGCGGACGGGCGCAAGCAACCCUGA